AUGAAAGUUGAGGAUUUGCUGAAGAAUAAUGAUAAGAAAGAUAUUGGAAUUAUUGUGCCAGAUGAUUGGCAAUCCGUCAGCUACGACUGCGAUCAGUUCGCUCUCCCCAAUCAUUACAAGAAGUAUCUCGAUCGAGUAAUCUUGCCGCGAGGACUCGUCCUUGAUCGAACGGAAAAGCUUGUUCUGGAUUUGUUUCACAGUCUCGACAGAUCUGUGCCCGUCGUUGCUUUGUGCGUGCUCAAGGGUGGCUUCCAGUACUUUGCGGAUGUGUGCGACAAUUUGAAGCGACACGCAGCGGCUCACUACCCAGAGGCGAUUCAGUUCAACAUGGAUUUUAUCCGACUCAAGUCCUACGAAGAUGACCGUGCGAAUGAGGAAGUGCAAGUAAUUGGCGGUGACAACUUGGAGCAUCUUCGUGGGAAGCAGGUGAUCGUCGUUGAGGAUAUUGUCGACACUGGCAAUACCAUCCGAAAGCUGAUGAAUGUUCUUGCCAAGUAUGAUCCAAAGAGCGUCAAAGUGGUGACGAUGCUUUCAAAGCGAACGCCGCUGAAUACCAGUGGCUAUGUGGCUGACUUCUCGGCCUUCUCGAUUCCCGUCUUUUUCGCUGUUGGAUACGCCCUAGACUACAACGAGUACUUUAGAGAUUUGAACCACGUCUGUGUGCUAAACGAAGAAGGCAUCGAAAAAUUCUCUGCCAAGAAUCUUCCUACUCUUUCUUAA